CCCCGCGCCUCCCCCCGCGCGGCGCAGCACCGCCCGGCCGCCCCCUCCCUUCACCUCUCGUCCCCUCGCCACGCUUCUCCUCCCGGCAGGGCCAGGCCGAGCCUCGGCGUUCCGCGGCCCGCGGGCGCCCGCCGUGACCCGCGCACUACCAACGGUCCGCCGCGUGCGCACGCAGCCCCGCCCCGGCGGGAGGGAGGGCGGGAAGGCGCCGCCAAGUGGGGUGAGGGGAGCACAGAGCGCAGUGGGACGGAAGGGGAAAAGAGACCGCCGCGAGGGCGGGAAGUCUGUGCAGGGGUACUGCCUCACCUCAGAGGACGCUGGGUGCCACCCUCAAACGGGAAGAGGCGCUGUGACUUUUCUCACGGCACUGAGGGCGUGGCGGCAGCAGGGAGAGCGCCUCCUCCCCCACCGGGUCUUAAAUGUGUGGAGGUAGACGUUAGUAUGGCGGCGUUUGGGGGACGAGUCCUCGUACACGUUGCUCAGUCGCCUUAUCUUUCGUUUUAAACUCGGGAACGUAGCAAAACAUUAACAGAAUCACAGAGUCGUAUGGAUUGGAAGGGACUUGUAGAGAUCAUCCAGCCCAUUGCCGUUGUCCUGUCACUGGGCACCACUAGGAAGAGUCCGGCCCCAUCCAUUCGACUCCCUCACUUUAGGAGACCUUUCUGGAUUUUCUCAUUGGAACGACAGAAGCAAGAAGGGGGUCUGGACAAAGUGCUCUGCUCUGCUGCAGUCUAUGGGCUGCAGGCAGGGCAUUUACCUUUGUACAGAUCAUUGACAUGCUCCUAAGCCCUUUGUUGAAGCAAAAGGUAAGCAGAUUUGUCUUCUCUGAGGAUAAAGUGAUGGCUGAAAUGAGUAAUAGUAACUUCAGCAAAACAACCAGUAUUCAGCAGGCAGUGUCCUCUUGCUGCGGAGCUAUAAUUACAUCAUUGUUUGUAACUCCUCUUGAUGUUGUCAAAACUCGACUGCAAGUCCAGAGCAAUCCGUUCCCCAGAGGAAAGUGUUUUGUAUACUCCAAUGGCCAAAUGGAUCAUACAUGUGUUUGUGAGAAUGGAGAUGGCAAAGCAUGCUAUAGAAGAAAUGGGCAUUUCAAAGGGACAUUGGAUGCUUUUGUGAAAAUUAUUCAAGUGGAGGGAAUUAAAACUCUCUGGAGUGGACUUUCCCCCACGCUAAUAAUGGCUCUUCCUACCACAAUAAUCUAUUUUGCCUGCUAUGAAAAACUAAGUGAAGCUCUGAAGUCUAGACUAGGAAAGGAUAAUGACCAGAUUCCACUUGUUGCAGGUUCCUUAAGCAGAUUUGUUUCAGUUACUGUAGUGAGUCCCCUGGAGCUGAUCAGAACUAGAAUGCAGUAUCACACAUUGUCCUACAAGCAACUGCACUUGAGCAUCAGGAGUAAAGUGGCCAGAGAUGGGUGGCUUUCCCUGUGGAGGGGCUGGAGCACUACUAUUCUGAGAGAUGUACCUUUCUCAGCAGUGUACUGGUAUAAUUAUGAACGUUUCAAGAAGAUGAUGUGCAAGAAUGCUGGUGCACGUGAACCAACCUUUUUUAUUGCUUUUACUGCAGGAGCAGCAUCAGGUUCUAUCGCAGCUGUUGUAACUCUGCCAUUUGAUGUAGUGAAAACACACAGGCAGACUGAACUUUGGGAGAGUGAGACUUUACAAAGUAAGUUGCAGAUCCACAGAGGGACUCCGCAUCUACCUGGACACUUAUGAGGAAAAUUGUCGCAAAAAAAGGGAUUGCUGGAUUAUUUGCUGGUAUUACUCCACGGCUGUUUAAAGUUGCUCCUUCUUGCGCCAUAAUGAUCAGCACAUAUGAAUAUGGGAAGGCUUUCUUCAGACAUUUAAAUGAAAAGACAAACCAGCAUCCUUAAAUCUCCUUUAUCCAAUUGCAGGAAGUCAAAACACAUGGAGAAAUUUGUGCGAAAUGCCAAUCUGCCUGUCAAAGCAUCUUUCUACCUUUACAUUUGGUAACUAAAUGUAACUUCAUUUUUUCACUA